AUGGGAGAUAGACGCCUUUACCCCGGAUACGAAAGUUUUCAGUACGAAAUAAGUACUCUUCUGUCGACAUAUCCACCACCCUUUAUAUAUGUUCAGGACACAGAAGCCUUGGGCACAAGUCUGGGGGCCGUCGACGCGCUUUUACGCGACUUACGCAACCAACCAGCAUCGGAAUGUCCUUCGAAGAUAUACUACGCGCGUGUGGACAGCAUAGCAUGCUUUACCGCCAGAUUAUUUUACGAAUCCGUCAUCAAUAGCCUGGUGGAAUGGGAACCGGAUUGGGAGGACGGUUGUGAGAAUUGGUCAGCGACAGAUGGCGAUGUACGGUGGAAUGAGAACCUUGACAGCUUUUUACAUGGUCUUCGGUCAGCACAUCAACACUUGUGUAAGAAAAAUGGGAUUUCUGGCGGCACUAGCAGCGGAAAGAAUAAGGGCAAAGGGAAGCAAAUUAACUCAGGUCAUGAUAAUGUGAGGCUCGUCAUCGUUGUCGAGCGCGUCGAGAGACUGAAAGAAACGCUUCCUGAACUUCUGGUUCCGCUGACGCGUCUCGCAGAGCUGGUGCGGCUUGAUGUAUGCGUAAUGUUCAUCUCCCAGGUUGGAUGGCUGGAUAUCAGACCACCUCUUGGAGCAUCCCCAGAUCCUUACUUCGUCGACGUUCAAUCUCCGUCUAAAGAGAAUGUUGUCCAAAGUCUCAUCUCAAAUUUCGCUACAAUAUCAACCUCUUCUUCACAACCAACCCCAUACCACCCUGGCCUAACAUCACUCUAUGACCACUUCGCUAGCGUCCUGUGUGACAUCUGCUUCUCAUUCAUACAUGACCCUCAAGAACUACAUUAUAUAGCAGCAGCACGAUGGCCAGGGUUCUGCAAACCAAUUCUAGACCAGUUGGAAGACAUAGAAGUUGACCUUCCCAAUAACUACAAUCCCUCAGAAAUCACUAGGAUGCGGCUCAACAAGCUCUUCAACCCCACAAUUUCAGCGGCCCUCGAAGUCCUCCUUCCACGUCUGACGAACGCCACUGACUGGGCACUGGCGAACGAACCACCACCUAACCUGCUGAACAUGCCCGGCAGCACGAUUCUUCAGGUCAAAUUGCCUUCGAUCCAGACAGAAUAUCAUGAUCAGAUGGGUAUAAUGGGUCUCCCUCGGAUGUCAAAGUUUAUCUUGUUGGCAUCCUUUUUGGCCUCUACCAACCCUCCGAAAUCCGAUAUACGCAUGUUCUGGAGAGGGUUAGACGAAAAGAAAAGGAAAAGAAAGGCUGUCAAGCCGAGCGGGAAAGGCCCAUCAAAGGUAUCACAGCGUCUCUUAGGCCCGACGCCUUUUGCUCUUGAUCGUAUGAUUGCUAUCCUGGGCGCACUGUUGGAAGAGAAUGACGCUGACUCCCGAAUCUCGUCAGACCUUUUUAACAUUGCUGGGGAGCAUACUGACAUGGAAAUUGGUCGUGUUGGGGUUUUUUCUUCGGUCAUUGAACUUACCUCUAUGCGCCUUCUGCAUCGGACCACUCCUGCGGACAGGUUGGACGGCCCUCCUAAUUUUAAAUGUUCUAUAUCCUACGAAACGGCUGUACUCCUGGCCAAGGAGGUAGACGUGCCCUUGAACGACUUGUUGUGGGAUCCGGUGUAG